UAAUCAACAGUUUAUGAGACGAGCUGCUAUUAAUCGAAAUUCCAGUUCAGAGCUAAAGAGCGGUGGAAGUUGUCGCUUCAAACCGGAAACUCUCUCUCUCUCUCUCUCUCUCUCUCUCUCCGCCUCCCACCACCGCCACCAUCUCUCUCCCUUGUAUGGUCAAGGAUGAAUCACCGCGCACCAAUUUGGCAUAUCGACGGCAACCCACUUCCGCUUUCGCCAGGUUUCAUCCCGGAGGCCGGCGUCCUCCAACCGGAUGAGAGCGACGUCCAGGAAUUGUUAUGGCGGGACGGGACAGUGGUCACUCAAACCUACAGCCAGAAGACGGCCCGUGCCUCCGCCCUCACCUUCUCCGGCGAGGGCCUCCCCUUCAACUACACCUUCUCCAAGUUCGGACCCCGGGAGUCCAGGACCGUCGAGGCGACCCUCUCCUCCUCCGACCCACCGCCGCCGUACAUCCAGGACGACGACAUGCCCUCCUGGUUGAACCACCCGUUCGACGACGCAUUCUACCGCGACCUCUUCCUCCCGCCAGGCGACCGGACUCCUCAGGCUCCGGUGCCUGCGUCGCCGGAGCCCAGCGAAGCGGCAACCGUGCGGGACUCCCACGCUUCGAGGGCCCGGAAGGCGCCGGCCGAAUCGCCUUUGAAGCCCGGACCGAAGGUGGUCAACUUCUCGAUCUUCGCGAAGACGGCCGGCUUGGUCGGUGAGGUUGGAAUGAGACGAACGAAGCUCGUCGCUGGCGGGUCGGAGAAGGCCCGGCUCGAGUCGACCACUGUGGUAGAUUCCUGCGACACGCCGCCGCAGCUCGUCGGUCCCCGCCGCCUCAACACUGUAGCACAACCCGAGUCGAACGAUCUCUCCGCUGCGUCACCGACCGAGACGAUGGAGCUCAGCAAGGAGGCCGCAAGGAGCGAGUCCGAGCGGCACGAAGCGACAAUCACGUCGUCCAAGCUAAUGGCCCGGAAACGGAAGUCGCGUGACUCGGUAGAAUCGGAAAACCGCUACGACGAGAACCUUGUGCAGGAUGGUGAGGCUGAUGAAUCCGUGAACGCUAAGAGAUCGAAAGCGAAGCGGAGGAAUCGAGCAGCGCAGAUCCAUAACCUCUCUGAAAGGAGGAGAAGGGACAGAAUCAAUGAGAAGAUGAGGACACUUCAAGAGUUGCUGCCUCGAUGCAACAAGGCAGAUAAAGCAUCAUUGCUGGAUGAGGCUAUAGAGUACCUAAAGGCUCUGCAACUCCAAGUGCAGAUGAUGUCAGUGGCAUGCAGCAUGCCACACAUGAUGUUCCCUGCCCACAACCAGUGGAUCAAUCCCAUGGGCAUAGCUAUUGGGAUGGGGAUGGUCGCCGGUUCGACGCGCUCAACGUUGCCGUUUUCGCCGGUCGUUCCGGGUGCAGCCCAGCUCUGCCCAGCUCUCCCAAUGACAAGCGUUCACAGCAUCCAGGCGGCUCCCCAAGCCUCCAAGACAGAGUCAGUCGCCGGAAGCUUAGACUCACUCUUGAGCCCAUCUCAGCCUGCAACUCUUGCAGAAUACCAACAAUACUUGAGCCAAGUCCAAAUGCAAAUACCACAAAGGUGCAGAAGAACACCUGUUCUUCCUCAAGAACCAAAGGAGGAGAGCCCCCGCAUCAUUGUUUGGUUAGAGGGCAUGGAGCUUCAUCAUUUAUCUCCGAAUGUUGUUGCUCUUGAAAUGCAAGCAUUUAUUCCCAGGGAGUUGGUGCAAUGAACAGUGUGGAGGAUGAUUGCGCUACAAUCAGAUCCAAGCGGGAACAAAAGUGAAGGAACUCUCCCGAGCAGUCAAUGAGGUAGAAGUAGAGGACAAAAUAAGGAUGCGAAUAGAGAAGCCAAGAUGAGACUCCCUUCAUCAAAGGUGGUCGAGUACUCUUUCAAACUAACUCUUCUAUCUCAUCACACUGUAAGAUAUGUUCAAUAGGUUCUGGUUGGAUAAGAAAGUGAGUUACUGUUGUUCAACAGUGUUCAUGAAUGGAUUUUAUUGAUCCCUUUUUGGAAUA